UUUGCUGGUCGAUAGCUCAACAGCGUCACCAAUCAGCUCAUCUCUAGACAUUCCCAUGCCACUUAUUCUCAUAAUCCUCGUUGCUCUGGUUGUAAUCUGCACUCGGCUCUACAUUGCGUGCAAAGCGCAACCGAUCCGAAGACCGCGAACCACCAACACCUGCAGUCUUGCCGUUUUCUUAGGAUCAGGAGGUCAUACAACCGAGUCUCUCACUCUUCUCGGAUCCCUGGAUUUUUCGCGGUACACUCCUCGGACCUACAUUGUCAGCCAGGGCGAUUUGCUCAGCGUGCAGAAAGCCAUCGCACUCGAAGCUUCUAAAAUGGAGGAAUCGAUCUCACAACCGAAACCCCCCUACACAAUCGUCACCAUUCCGCGGGCUCGCCGUGUGCACCAGCCACUCAUUGCUACACCUCCAACAGCGCUGUAUUCUCUUCUCAUUGCUAUCUGGCGCCUCACUUUCGCCCCACGGUUAUUGAAUGCAAACCUUCCGGAAGUUCUCGUUCUCAAUGGUCCGGGAACAUGCUUCUCCCUUUGUGUCGCUGCGUACCUCAAUCGAUUUCUAGGAAUACCGUCUCCCAGGAUGGUAUACAUCGAGUCAUUUGCUCGUGUCAAAUCCUUGUCACUGUCAGGAAAACUGCUCCGUUCCGUCGUCGACAGUUUUGUGGUCCAAUGGCCCGACUUAUUGAGCGAUGGAAAACGCGGUGUGUAUCGUGGAUGGAUGGUUUGAUAGAGAUUUCCACGCACGGGAGUUUCUACUCACGUCCUUCGCAUCGUUCGCAAUCGCCACGCUGGUUGUAAGCAGAACUCGAGAGAUUGAAUCGUCGAUACCCUAACGCUGGCCGCCCUUCGCUUGCGCUGUCGAAAGGUUUGUUGGCAUCACCGAAUGGAUGAUGUUAUCCCAAGCGCCGUAAUGUGUCACAUAUCGGCAGUCCACAGUGACAUGAAAUAUGAUCCACUCACGGCAAAGGACAAACCCGAUAGCAAGGUCAGACUUAAUGCUGCUUAGAUCUGCCGCCCUUUCUAGCGGUCAUAAUUAUUUUGUACUUAACUUUCAGUCCUUCCCCUCUUGUGCACAUACCUUCUUUGACCAUCAAGGCUCGAUGUUCCCUAACUUCGGACACUCUUACGCUUUUGAUAGCCACCGUAGAUCAUCACCUCACCUCGAAUACCACCACGCUUACUACUCCAAGGCA